AUGCUUUCAGCACUUAGCAUUGUUGCUGUCGACAAAGAAUUAGUGGAAUGCAAAGAGCACUGGAAAUCGCUGCUUGAUCAGCUUGAUUCCGCUAUUGAACAAAAAAAGAAAAAGCAUAAAAAACGAUUUUCGCCAAUUUCCCCCACACUUCCGGAUCGAGAUUCUGCCUUUGUACUUGACCGCUUAAAUUCAAUUCAGGUCACUGAAGAAGAAGAACUUGUUCGUGAUUCAAGAGUACCAAAUCCCGCGCAGCGUAAAUACAAAGGUCCAUUUAAUCCUAAAAAGAACAAUACGGCAGAAGAGUGUAAACGAUUAUCACAGCAAGAGUUAGUGUUAGAACUGAAACAAAAAGGAACAUAUAAUCCAGAUUUGAUGGCUUGGGACGCAUCUGGUGUUAUCAGGUUUUUAGAUCGUUCUAUAGUGGACCAGUAUGAGCGUCAAGUUAGAAGACGACCAAAUACCGAAGAAAAUGCAGAACGAAAUGUUGAAGCUUUAGAGCGAAUAUUGGCUGAGCUGCACUUGCAGUGUGACGUUCGUGAACCGGCUGUUUUAUCCAGACUUCGUAAUUUAACAGUUUCACCGCCAAAUAAGACAAUCGUAUCACCAUCAAUUCGAAUGACUGAAUCUGAAAUGCGUUCAAAACGAGAAGCAGUCCGGGAUAUCGUUGACUCGCUGCAGCAGUCGAAACAAGAAGACACUACACAGUUACCAGGAACCACAACAACUCAACAACGUCAAAAAAUAAUUGGUGAUGUUCAUGUUGUACCGUUUGGAUGCGAUAAACGUGCAAGUGUUGAAAAUGGUUAUCUACGACUUUGUAGUGCUUGUCAGGCAAUCCGAAAACUUCCGGAAACUUUCUUCCCACCUUUUAUCAACGAGGUGAUGUGCGAUGAUGAUAAAGCGUGUAUUUAUUUCUAUAAUUCUCCACAUGGAAAAUGUAAACAAAAACAUAUGAACUUUGUUGUGUUAAAGAAUGUUGGCUCUAACGAGUGCCAAAUAUGGCAAAAAUUUAAUCUCAACGUUCGGGUAUCUUGCGAAUGCUUCAUUGGUGAGUUUCAGUCAUUUUCUCGCUCUUCUAAAUAA